AUGGCACUAGAGGACGAUACUACCCAAGCAAAGAUGACUCCAAGGGAGAUCGAACUCCUCAACAAGCUCGAGUUUCUUCAGAGUCAGAGCGCCGAGAAGCUAGACGCCAUAAAAAUGGAGAAUCUUGUCCUCCGACAAGAGAACCUUACCCUCGGUGAAACUAGCAACAAGCGGAAGCGGUUCCGAACAAGGGUUCGACCCAUGGCUUCGCUCAACACUCCACGCGAUGGUGAAGAAGCACCUCGUCGACCCGUCUCCGCCGAUAACGAACCCGAAGGCCGAGAAGCUGCAAACGAUGGGACCCGAGUGCAAGUGGAUAUCGAUUCCGAUACGGAAGACGAAGAGUACUCACCCGAUGAUCCCGGGAUCUCAGAUCCAGCUCUAGCAGCCUACUUAGAAAGGGUGGUCUCCGAAAGGUUCGGCACCAUUCAAUCUAUGUGGUACAUCAAUCUUCCUACCAAAUCCAUCAAGUCCUUUGCAGCCCUUAGCGACAAGUUCGUAGAGCAAUUUGCUAGUAGUCGCAACCGAGAGAAGAAUUCAGACGACCUCUAUGAAGUCCUCCAGCAUAGGAAUGAACCCCUUCGUACCUACAUAGCACGCUUCAAUCAAGAGAAGGUGGCUAUCCCUGAGUGCAACGCUAAUAUGGCUAUCUCAGCCUCCAAGCGGGGCCUACUUCAGAAGGGAGAUCUCUACAAGGAGCUGGUCAAAUACAAGUGCAGGACUAUGGAGGACGUAUUGUCUUGUGCUUGGGCUCAAGUAAGGUGGGAAGAAGAUGUUGCUAGUAGGGCCAAAGCCUGUCCGAAGUACGAUCAGAAGUCCUCAAAGCCAACUAGGAAUGACCACGAUGAGCCCUCUCAUCCCAAGACCGCUAGGGAGACCAGCAAUCCAAACAGGGGCAGGUACCAACAUCGACCCUUGCCUAGAUCCGAGGGGAUGAUGGUAUCCACUUGGACCGAUAUCUCUCAUCUUGCGAUAUCCAAACCGGAACUGAUCCGUGUCCUACGACAAAUGGGUCCUCAAGUCAAGUGGCCUCCUAAGAUGAAGGCUGCAGAGACUAAUCGAAACCCCAAGCGGUGCCUUGAAGAUGGAAGUCUCCGAGCUCCUCACGAAAGGCUAUCUAAGGAGUUCCUAUCUGAUAAGCCCAAGAACCAUCUAAAUAAGGAAGGUCCUGGUCUCCCUACCGAAGCAGCUCCCGCAUUGCCACCACAGCAAGACCGAGUAAUCCAUCUCAUCUCAGGCAGAUCGGAGGUGAGUGGAAUCAGUAGUGCCGCUGCCAAGAGAAGUACUCGCAACGCCAGGAACCGCCAAGAGGCUGAGGGUCCUAAGCGCCUGCUCCUCGGAACAGAUGAGAUCAGCUUCACUAGAAAGACGACUCCCCUUGUAGGCUUCAGCGGAGAGGUCAAGCAAAUCUUGGGAGAGGUCCUUCUCCCCGUGUACGCCGAGGGGAUAAACCAGGCCACAAAAUUCCUAGUCGUCGACUGCCCUUCAUCAUAUAACGUGAUACUAGGAAGGCCUUGGAUCCACAUCAUGGGAGCCGUACCUUCAACUUUUCAUCAGCUGGUCAAGUUCCCAACUCCCUGGGGCAUUAAGGCGGUCAAGGGAGACCAGGAGAAUGCCAGGUUCUGCUACCAGGCUACCUUGAAGGGAAAGACCCAAGUCUUAUAG